AUGUCUGCCGAGGAACACCAUGAGUUCCCCCAGAACCGCGAGUCCGCGGCUUCCGUGCACAGCGACGAAACACUCCGUGGCGAGGAGCAAGAGUACCAGCCCGAGGACAGGCCACGUGUUCGCUUCCGUCAGGAUAAUGGCGAUGAUGCGCGCACCUUGGUUGCAGAACGCCUCGAACACGCCGAUCAUCCUCGUGAGCCAUUUCACCUUCCACCAACGCAGGGAGGCGAUAACCUGCGACAGUCUGAAGAUGUCACCAGUGCCAAACACUUACAACAGGAAGACAGUGAGAAGAAAACACAGAAACAGGACACUGCUGAUGGCACUGCUGGUAAGGAGAAGGGUGGGGGGAAACGCGACGAAGAAAAGGAGAUCGAAGAGGAACCCGAGAAGGCGAAGAAGUUCUGGAAUGUGGACAAAGCACGAGAAAUUGCCCGAAAACUAGGACGACCGCCGAUGCAGGGAGACGGGUUGACUGCGGCACUCCCCGACCAAAACUGGGCUGGCGAUGGAGGCGUUUCUCUGUCGGAUAUGACAGACGAUCACAAGAAGACCGACGAAGAUCGACAACGAGACCAAGCCCAUGCGACCUCAGAAGCUCAUCGUUUAGUUCGCGAGCUGACACAACAUCGGAAGGGUCCGCGUUCUCGCCCUCGUCCCCGACAACCAUCAGAGACACGCCCCCCGACUCCAGCGAUUUCUAACGAGGAGGCAGGCAGAGUCAGCGGUGGGGGGAUUUUGGGAAACCUUCUCAAACUUUACGGAGCAAACCCACAGCAUGGACCAGAUAGUCGUUCCAACAGUACUAGCACAGAUCAGGAAUCAGAAGGAACGCCCGGCUGGGUCAGUCCAUCGUCUGGAGUAUCGACCCCACGGAAAGAAAAGAACAGGUCAACAAGCUCGUUGGUCGGAGCAGCAUCGAACUUGAGUGCCACAGGAGCCCCCACGGCGAGACGACGUAAGCAGGGUGGCAAGCCACGGCUGGAAGAUGAGAUUCGAGUGACGGUUCAUAUUGCUGAGAUAAUUUCCCGUCAACGAUAUCUGAUGCAGCUAUGCCGUGCUCUUAUGAAGUUCGGCGCCCCUACGCAUCGGUUAGAAGAGUAUAUGCAGAUGACAGCGCGGGUCCUCGAAGUUGAUAGCCAAUUCUUAUACUUACCGGGCUGCAUGAUAAUAUCAUUUGACGAUUCAUCGACACGUACCGCCGAAUUUAAGUUGAUUCGUGUGACACAAGGCGUCGACCUAGGUCGGUUAGCAGACACCCAUAGCGUAUACAAGAACGUGGUACAUGACAUGAUCGGGGUUGAGGAAGCAACAAAGCAACUGGAAGACAUCAUGAACCGCAAAGCAAAAUUUCCUACAUGGUUCCUGGUGAUUAUGUACGGCUUGGCUAGUGCCACUGUCGGGCCUUUUGCUUUCAAUGCCCGUCCUAUUGAUAUGCCCAUUUCGUUUCUUUUGGGGACUAUGUUAGGUUUCAUGCAGCUGGUUCUUGCUCCUCGAUCUACCCUAUACUCAAACGUGUUUGAAGUUUUUGCGUCAGUACUUACGUCCUUUCUCGCUCGUGCAUUUGGCAGUAUCCGAUGGGGCAUUGUCAAUGGAAAACAAGAGUAUCUGUUUUGUUUCUCUGGCAUCGCUCAAUCAGCCAUUGCUCUUAUCCUGCCGGGAUUUUUGGUUCUGUCCAGCAGUUUAGAGCUACAGUCGCAUCAAUUAAUUGCCGGAUCCAUACGAAUGGUAUACGCUAUCAUCUACUCUCUCUUUCUCGGUUACGGAAUCACCGUGGGCGUGACAAUCUACGGACUGAUGGACGGCAACGCGAAUUCCAACACUACCUGUCCUACAUCCCCCAUCAAAGACCCCUAUCUUCAGCGAUUCCCUUUCGUCGUCGCAAUGUCUGUUUGGCUAGUUAUUCUUAAUCAAGGAAAAUUCAAGCAAGCUCCGGUCAUGAUGGUCAUCGCCUUCACCGGCUACGUAGUCAACUACUUCGCCACGAAGCGAAUCGGCAGCAACUCCGAAGUCGCCAACACCCUAGGCGCCUUUGUUAUCGGCGUGCUAGGGAAUCUAUACAGCAGACUCUGGCAUGGCCAUGCCGCAACCGCAAUUCUCCCGGCGAUUUUCGUCCUUGUGCCUUCCGGCCUCGCAGCGACAGGCUCCUUGAUCUCAGGGGUUGCAUCUGCCGACCAGAUUCGCGGAAACGUCACUGGCCAUAAAAACGAAUCCAGCACAGGCGGAGCCAGUAGCGGUUCUGGCGGUGGCGCAGGCAGCGGUACGGGCAUUCAGUCAUCAUCAUCGGAUACGUCCGUCUUCAAUCUCGGUUUUGGCAUGGUGCAAGUAGCCAUUGGUAUCACGGUAGGCCUGUUCAUGGCGGCAUUGCUAGUGUAUCCAUAUGGAAAGAGACGCAGCGGACUUUUCAGUUUUUAG